ACAGUGAGCUGUGCAAACUCGUGAUUCACUUUUAUUGUUAUAUAGAGGACGACGCGAUGAGGAGAUCGUGAAAGAGUGAGGCCGUACAAUGGAGCAGAGUAGAACUUACAAACUGUUCACCUUCAAAGAUGACAACAGCCAGGAAAGCCUGUCCGUGACCAUCCCAGAGGUUUUGGACCCUCAGUUUGGCAUGUAUGUGUGGCCCUCUGCAGUGGUGCUGGCUCAGUAUGUGUGGACCCACAGGGAGGAGCUGAGGGGCCGCACGGUGCUGGAGCUGGGUGCAGGUGUGAGCCUUCCAGGUGUGGUAGCGGCUCGCUGCGGUGCUCGCGUGACCCUGACGGACGACUCGGAUUGGCCGCUGUGCCUGCAGAACUGCAGACGGAGCUGUGAGGCUAACGGCCUGCAGGGGGUGGGGGUGUUGGGCCUGACAUGGGGGGAGGUCUCCCCGGACCUCCUCCUGCUUCCUGCGGUGGAUGUCAUCCUGGGGUCAGACGUCUUCUACGAGCCUGAAGAUUUUGAGGAUGUCCUGCUGACGGUCUCCUUCCUGCUGAGGAGAAGCCCCCACGCUGAGUUCUGGACCUCCUACCAGCUGCGCAGUGCAGACUGGUCGUUGGAGGCGCUGCUGCACCGCUGGAAGCUGCGCUGCGUCCACGUCCCGCUGAGCGGCUUCGGUGCCGACGAGCCGGAGCUGGCCGGCUCCAACCUGCCGGGACGCCACAGCGUGCAGAUGAUGGUGAUCAGUCUGAGGACGGACCACUGAAACAGGAAGUGCAUCACUUCCAGUCCAUCUCUUGAAUGUUUGUUUGUCGUUUCUUGCAAGGAGCUGCUCGCCUCGGGAGCUCCGAAUCAACCCCAUGGACACUGGAGGCUGCCUGUGUUUUUAUCAGCAUGGCAACAGUGGACAGGCAGAGUUACGUUCUUCAUUAACUUUGGGAGAAGAGUUCAUGUAGUUUGGUAGCAGUUACCAUGGUGAUGGUAAAUAAGCCAAGUUAUUGUCACAUAUAGAGGAGAUUUAUUUUAUUAUUAAACAUACAUGUUAAUAUUCAUAAUAUAUGAAUAAUCAUGUUUACAUUCAGCCACUGUUGGGUCUGUUUCAGUUUAUUUAUAUAAAGUUUUUAUAUAUAUGUAUAUGUUAUAUGAGGACAGACUGAUAGGAUUGGAGCAUUUUGCUGCUGCUGUGUUUCAGCUUGAUCUUUGUCACAAACCUGCCACAGGGAGAGACAAACUGCACUGCUGGUUUUU